CAGAAAUUCAAGUUUGAAAUUUGAAGAUGUGAAGAGAAUCCAGAGAAACAGACCUGCUCAGCAGGAUGGAUGGCAAAGGCUCCUACCAGGUGAAGGGCUGGAAGCUCACACAGCAGCAGUUUGUGGCCCUUCUGUGGAAGAGGCUGCUGAUUGCCAGACGGAGUCGGAAGGGAUUCUUUGCUCAGAUCGUCCUACCAGCUGUGUUUGUCUGCAUUGCCCUGGUGUUCAGCUUGAUCGUGCCCCCCUUUGGCAAGUACCCCAGCCUGGAACUUCAGCCCUGGAUGUACAACGAACAGUACACGUUCGUCAGUAAUGAUGCUCCUGAGGACAUGGGCACCCAGGAACUCUUGAAUGCCCUCACCAGACACCCCGGCUUCGGGACCCGCUGUAUGGAAGGAAAUCCAAUCCCAGACAUGCCCUGCUCGGUGGGGGAGGAGGAGUGGACCACCGCCCCCGUUCCCCAGACCAUCACGGACCUCUUCCAAAAUGGGAACUGGAUGAUGGAGAACCCCUCACCCACCUGCCAGUGUAGCAGUGACAAAAUCAAGAAGAUGCUGCCCGUGUGUCCCCUGGGGGCAGGGGGGUUGCCUCCUCCACAAAACAGUGAAUCUAUUCAUCAGUAUAACUCCAAUGGACCAAAGAAGUCACUGGGCAUAGUCAAUGAUACUGCUCCCUAA